GUUCCGUCUGUCAGCGGGCAAGGGGCUGCAGGGUGAGUCACGGCCAUGCUGACUCACUUCCCCCGUCUGGCCUUGACAAAGUGCAGUGCCGCAUUCAGAAAUGCCGUUCAGCUGCAAAAUAAGAAAACAAGUUUCUAAAUCAAAGUCUAAGCGUUAAAAUUAUGAAAGAAAAUAAUACAAGUGCAAAUAAUAUGUGUUCACAGAGCUUAUUAGCUCGGGCAGCUGCAUAAACAUCGAUAAGACAUUGCCCACACCCUUGUGGGCGUGGCGAAUGAGGCCAUUAAUAAGAACGGUCAUAUAGUUUAUGAGUACUCCAUGAUUCAUUUGCACAGCCCUUUUAAAAUAUAUCAGUUUUGUUUAAGUAGGUUAGUAUAUGGCAUGCUAAGGAGGUAAUGAGUAAAAGGUUUAGGUAGGUCUAAUCUGAGCGAAAAUACCAUAGUUAUUAGCGAACAGGCAUUUCAUAAUAUACAGAACCGAGAGAUACGAGCUGAUGGAAGUGAGCAGUGUGCACUGUGCAGUGUAGCACAGCAGUAGCCUGGCUUGACCGGUCCCCAAUCCUCUCGUCUGCCGCCGCCAGCGUCCCGCUUGUCCCGGGUCCUCCCAACCCGCACGGUCCGGCUUGCGCCUUGCCUGUGCCCGCUGUGCACCGGGGCUGUCUCUGGCACUGUGGCGCCAAGUCUCAGUGUAACUAGCUCAAUAGUCGUGGUGGGGAACAGGAGGGAGAACCCUAGAGGAGCGACGAGCGUGCGGAACAGAGGAUUGGUGUGACCCCUGCUGGUCCCUGGCCGAGGCUCGCCCAGCACCUGUGGACACACCAGACACACCCGCCGCCUGACAGCUGUGCUAGACGGCUUAACUGAGGAGGGCAGGGCGUGGCUGCGGUGAUACCAACCAUCCGGCAGCUCAGUAAAGAACCUACACCGUCACGAGGAGCCCGGAGUAGUGUCCACCACUCCACCAGCACACCAGCACGGAGGGCACGGGGAGGGAGGGACCACUCGCCACUGGUGCCUGUCAACCCCUGUCAGCACCCUUCUAGGAGUGCCACUUGUCACCGCCAUGGAUGACUUAGCUUCAAGCCUGGAGAAGCUUCGUGUUGCCUCAGCUGAGACAGAUUGUGAGCCCUUCGAGAAAUUAAUCAAUCAGUUGCAUAACCUUGGUCCAGAUGAUGGUGGAGAGGUGUGUGAAGAGCUGGUGGCUGGGGGAGUCUUGCCACUGGCCCUUGCAGCCAUCCAAGGAUCCAAUGAAGACAUUCAGGCCAAAGGAGCUGAACUGGUGGCUGAGCUGGCCAAGGUUGAAAACUGCCGGCUAGGGUGUGUAACAGGAGGUUUAGUGCCCAUUCUGGUUGAAAAAAUGUCCAGUCCCAGCACCAAAGUUGCACAGCAAGCCUGUCGAGCUCUAGGCAACAUCUGCUAUGAACAUGUGUUCCUUCCAGAUGGCGGUAGAGUAAGUGUGAUGGAAUCUGGGGGUGCCAGCCAGCUACUAGGCCUGUUACAGAGGGCAGCUCAACUAUCAGACAGCCCUGAGGAUCAUCAGCUACGUCUUGUGGCCACUGGCUUCCUGCUAAACCUACUCAAUUCUUAUGACACAGUACAGGACCAAUCAAUGGAGGCAGAGUUAGUGGAAGUCUUGUGUCACUAUCUUGAUAAGUUUGCUGAGGAUGAGGACAUUCCUACUCAUGUUCUGCUGUCUCUCACUUGCAUGGCUGACACAGAGGUUGGUCGGGGACUUGUGGUGUCUAAGGAUGUCACUCCUCAGCUGGUGCGUGUCCUUAGGAUAAAUGAAUCUCCUGAGGUCAUUGAGACAUGCUUGGAGCUGGUUACCAAUCUGGCUGAGACAGAGUGUGUGAAGACCCAAGUUGCCCAGGGUGGAGUGUGUGAGGCUGUGAUGGAUGUGGUGAGGAGGCACCGGGACACCCCCAGUUCAGAUCUCUCUCCUCCAAUCAUAAAGACAGCCACAGAUCUCAUCGUACUGAUCUUGGUGGGAGAUGAAAGCAUGGGUAUCAUCUAUAGUGGGGGAUCUGGUCCAGUCUACCAGGAACUUGUAGAGUGGCUCACCUCAGAACUUGAAGAUCUUCAAAUUGCUGGAGCUCUGGCAAUGGGGAACUUUGCUCGCAGUGAUGCACACUGUAUCCAGAUGGUGCAGAGUGGGAUUGCAGAGAAGUUGCUUAAGGUUCUUUCUAGCCACAACACAGGAGAAGGGGAUAUACGCCUCCAGCAUGCCCUCCUUUCUGCUCUACGCAAUUUAUGUAUUGCCCGGGAAAAUAAACCAGUCCUAAUCUCUCAGGGGGCUAUGGAUGUGUUGCUGCCCAUGGUAUCUACAGUGGAAACUUUCCCAGUAGUGUUCAAGCUGCUGGCCACGUUGCGUAUGAUCAUUGAUGGCCAAACUCAAGCAGCACUCAAGGUUGGGGGUGCUGAGGCUGUGGUUGGGCGGUUGGUGGGCUGGUGUAGCACCACUGAUCACCCAGGUGUGCAAGGAGAGGCAAGUCGCCUUCUGGCAUGGAUCAUAAAAAACUGUGAAGGAGAUGCUGGCGUGGUGACAUCCCUAGUGGCAGCUGGCUGUGUUGCCCCAUUAGUCCUCAUGCUUGGCUCUGAGCAUGCAGUCAUGGUGAGUGAGGCAGCCCUGGGCUUGGCUCUUACCUUUACCACUGCACCGGGCAGGGAGGCGGCUGAAGCCACCAAGCUGAAGGAAGUGGCACCUUUCGUCCUGAAGAACCCAUACCUGCCCCCAGAGAUUUUGGCCAAUGUUCUCUCAAUGCUGAUUGCUCUUCUUCCUCUCGAAUCUGCCUUUGAUGCCAUAAAAAGUGAAGACCUGCAAGGGGCUGUAUCAUCUUUGACAAGCCAUGCAAAUGAGGAAGUGAAGAGACUAGCAGGAGAGUUAAAGGUAAAGCUAUAAUGACUAUGAUCCAACUACUGUCACAACCAUGUGAUCAUCAGAAAUCAAGAGUUGGCACAAUAUUUUGUUAACAAAAAUGAUGCUUUCUGUAAGCACUAAAAGCUCUUUUUCAUUAUAACCCUUUCAUUGUUUUUAGUUUUUGCUAUAGUCCUUCCAUUUUAUCAAGUCACUUUUUGCCUCUUUUCCACACCACCCACGAGGUUAAAGUGUAGGUGACUAGGCUUGGUUGACCUGCACGGGGUCCUUGUCACCCUACCCGACAACCUCGCACAAGUCACGCUGCCACAGUGCAUAGGUAGGUAUGCAAGUUCAUUGUUUUGUCCUCAGAAAACGAAUCUUUUGUGGAAUUAUGUCUUAUCAUUUAAUUAAAUGUACACAGAGUACAGUAAACCCUUGGUACAAUGAACCCGCUUUUAAUGGAUUUCAGAUAUAACAGACAAAGUCAAAGGGUUAUUUCUCCACGGGGACCGACCGAGAAUAGUUUUUUAACUAACCGAACCUAGUAACUACAAUAGCGUCUUCCAGUCAUCCAUCCUUCCUCCCUUUAUCUGAUCUCCCAUCCUUCAUUUACAGUAGUCUUUUUCAGCCCACCUGAUGAAAUAUUUUCCUCCUUUUUUUGUGAUUCCCAAUCAAAUGAAGAACAUAUUUACACCACAAGAAAGUCUAAUGCAUCAAUCCGGGACAUAAAUAUAAUGGAAAAUAGCAAAGUGUGUGUGAAUGUUGGUACUGACACACACACACACACACACACACACACACACACCAAAAUCUGAAGCACUGGUAUAAGUUCAUACGUUAUUGAUUUAUUAGUUAAUGAUUCUUUCCAAAUAUAACAUGUUUACAUGAUUCUAAGUUCAGAUAUUCUCUUCUAAUAUUUUGAAAUGGGUGAACUUUUGGGGAGCGCACAGGAAUGCAUCUAAAUGUCUAUAAUGGAAUUAAAUGAGAAAAUUGGCUUAGAUUAACAAAUUUCCACUUUACUGUGAGCAAAUUUGGGGAAACACACAAUACUUCUAAAUUGGGGACUUGGUGUAGUACAUGUCUGAUAUUCGUAUCAUACCCGUAACAAUACACCCCCCCACAGGGCCCCACUGGCAACCAGCCAGCCUCAGUGCCUUGCAGUCCAUUGCUUUGUGUGCUGUGCAGCUAUACAGACAAUGUGCAGACAACAUACACUAAAAAAACUAUAUACCAUGUUUAUUUGGUUCGCCGGUAUUAUACAUAUUUUUAAAUAUCUGCCACUUCUAACGGACUUUCACCAUUAACGGACUAAGUUCCCCCAGUUAGUCCAUUGUACCAAGGGUUUACUAUAUUUAAAACUUAUUUAGCCUUUAAUUAACCAUAUGAGGGAGAGAGAGAGAGAGAGGGUGGCAUAAAAAAUGUGGCAUCCAUUAAUCCUGCCAGCCGCAUCUAAAGUGCUGAAGAACUGGAAAGACCAUAGCAUUGUUUUAUGGAUAAUUUUUGCAUAAUCCAAAAUCUAUUUAGCAUUUUAUCGUAUAAAUUGUGUUUGACAAUAAGACUUUAACACAAAACAGUGAAAGGGUUACAGCAAGAGCAUUAAAACUUGUGUUAUAUCUAUUUUUUUUACAUGGCACAUUGCUUCAAGAAGCUACUUAAUCUUAUGUGUAGGCAUUCACCAUCGCUUUACCUUUGUUACUCCAGAAGUAGACAGUCACUAGAUCUGAUGCAUCAUCUUUAACUUCACAAUUUUAACAUCUUAUUUUCUCAUAUAUAUCUGCUUUAAAGCCACACAGUCUUUUAAUAUCUCACUUAACAGAAUAACUCUUCAGUGUCAUCCCUAAUUGUUAUGAUGAGUUGUGUAUGCUUCAUAGCUGUACAGUACCUCUUUGGCACUUGCAAUUAUUAAUUGUGAUUUGCAUUAAGAAUGGUAUCACCAUAAACCUUCAUCCUGUCUCCUCAGCAAUUUACAGAUCAGGGGUCACUUUGACUCAAAUUCUUAAUGAGAAAUAUUCAGGCCAGUGAAGAGAUUCGGUUGUGGUAGCUAUCAACAGAGCAGGUUGGACCCAAAGCAUGAUCAUAAUCCAGGCCUGAGGAAGACCAACUGGCUGUGUAAUGUAACUAGUUGAGUGUAACGACAAUGAGCAGAUUUUUUUUUAUUUGAAAUUUUAUACAUCAUGUCACAAUGGAAAAUUAUAUUCUUAACCAAAAUGCUCAUUACUCUUUAUCAUGUUUAUUUUGUUUAUGGCUUAAGUACUCCAAUAAUGUGUCUUCAUGAUCCACAUAGUGUUUAGAAGUGCAAGGUUGUCUUGCAUGCCUCCCCUUGUACACUACAGUCCUGAGCUCUACAGGUGUUGUGAUAUUGUAGCUUUAUUGUGAAGUUAGCAUAGCCUUUAAGAAAUGUGAACUGAAUGACAGAACCUGUUUGUCUUUUUAAUCCUCUGAGCUCAGGGGGUACAACUCUUAAUGUGCUGUUUCACUUUUUCCUGUUCAUAUGCCUCCACCCAGCCCCUGCCUGACAUAGUUUUCAUUAUAUGCCCUUUCUGUAGCAUAAAACACAAAAAAAUGACCAUUAGAGCAAUCUAUUCAAUAUUAUUUGUGCAUCAUGCAUCUAUAUACCAUCAUUUAAGUUGUAGGACAUUAUUUUAUAUAAAAAAAAACUAAAGGGAUGAUCAGAUGAUUUGUAGCAUUUUCAUUUGAAUCUUCUGUAAUGUUCAAGGCAAGUAUUAUGAUCUGUAAGCUGUACUAGUGCAUGAGAGGAGAGACAAAUUACAAGAUUAAUGGACCACAAAGAAGGGACAUGUUUGGUGCAUGUAUUGUGAGGAAUAGAUGCACCUAGUAGUGUGUAGUAGUAGGAACUUUAGAUGAAAUUCAGAUUCUUCAAUAUCAUCAGUUCUUAUGGUAAUUUCCAGACACUAGCAUUUUUGGUAGAUGAUUACUUUGAAUGUUUUGUCUGCAUGCCAAAAGAGAUAAAGGAAAGUGAAUGGAAUGUGAUACUUGAGCAUUAAAGUGAUUCUUCUAUAGUUUAACUAUAAGUUUAGGGACCAAAAAUCAUCGCAUGACCAGAAAAUUCCAGUUUGCAUUUAUGUUUUAAUUUAAAUCUAAGUACGUCCUACAUUUAGAGGAAAGUGUUUGAUAAGUGUAUGAAAGUGACAAAUUAGGAAGAUACAUUUUAUCAGGAGGAUGCUAAAGAAAAGCUAUUUUUUAUUUGCUGUAUAAUAUUAGUCAAUUUUGUCUAUAAACUUCAUGUGAAACAUGAAUUAUUUCAAUGUUAAUCAAGAAAUUACUGAUUACUCAGUACUGGUUGCUAUAUAUCUGUAGAUAUUGUCUCCAUCUUGUUUCUUGGUAGGCUUACAAAAUAACAAGUAUUGCUACUGUAUAUUUAAUGAGAUGGAUUUACUCCAAAUUUCACAUUACUACCAUAGAGCAAGAAUGACUUUUACUUCCUUUACAUCAUAAAAAUACUAUAAUAAUAAGUGCUGAACCUAGGAGUAACAGGAAGUUAAGACUUGUUGAUAUAAAUAAAGUCAAUUAAAUUGAAAUCACUGAAUUGAAAAUAUUUAAAAGAUUAUUUCUGUGUAGUCGUUUGAUAUACAAAUCAGAUAUACUAAAAGUUUGUUGUCAGUGAGCAUUAUGAAACGGGGCAGCUUUGUAUUGUAUCAGCCUUACAAUCUCAUUUGUUAUGAACAAGAAUUUGUCUUUUUGAGUGAUGAUGGUUUUAGGGUGUCACAAGAUACAAACACACACAUGUAUACAUUUAUUUUGAUUAAUAUUUAAGGGGAAAAUAAUUGAUGAAAGUCCCAUUUCUGAACCUCAUCCUCCUGUGUCAAAGAAGAGACAUCCCUUAUAGUUGCAUAUAUAAUGUGGAAAUGUAUUCUAAAUAUUCUUCAAAGCUAAUUUGCGGUUCUUUUCUAGGUUGAUAUAUAUAUAUAUAUAUAUAUAUAUAUAUAUAUAUAUAUAUAUAUAUAUAUAUAUAUA